UGCUGUCUACCAUGACCACCACGGUUCUUUUCUCAACGUUUGCUCCAUUCCCCACUCUUUCUCUCUCCGUUUCUCCAGAAACACGCUUUGAUGACCUGUACUCUCUUUUAUGCGAGCGCUAUUCUGAUCUCCCUGCUUCAGAGGACUUGAGAAUUUCAUCUCAUGCUGGAUCGGUCCCUACACCGGACACUCUCAUCUCUGAGAUUCACGGACGAGAUGCGACUCUUAUUACGCUGAAACUUAUUCCUCGACUCCGAGGUGGCAAGGGAGGUUUUGGUUCGCAGUUGCGUGCCGCUGGUGGUCGCAUGAGUAGUCAGAAGACCAGCAAUAACGACUCAUGCAGAGAUCUUAGUGGGCGUAGGCUUAGUACCAUCAAGACCGCGAAAAGGCUUGCGGACUACAUGGGAAAUGAAGAUGAACGGAAGAAGGCUCAGGUUGAGGCCAGAAAAGCCAAGUUAGAGACACUCGAGAAGAAGAUUGCAGCUGCAUCAGGAGAUACGGAGGCUGUGGCUGGCAAGAAGCAUCGAUUCGAUGACACAGAAUACCUCGAGGAAAGUAGAGAGAUCGUCGACAAUGUUAAAUCUGCAGUGUCUGCAGGUCUCAUGAAGAAGAAAAAGAAGGCAAAGACAAACCAUACUUCCAACUCACCCGAGUCAUCAACUCCUCCGAAGGACGCGGUCAAGGAGAAAGUGCUGAAAUCCCCGGCUACUGCACCUAUUGCAGUUGCUACAGCUGUCGCUGUCGGAGUCGUUGGCGCAUAGUCCUUCCUGUCGUGACAUCCUUUGUAAUUUACGUAGUGUAUGGAUAAUGUAUACUCGUGCUAUCAUGUGGAUGAAAUCGUGUUAGCUUGUUGUUAUUA